AUGAGUCGUCCAGUUGGCGGUGUGCAUGCCACGGUGAGUCAUGCCACUGGCAGGGCUGGUGAUGCUGCUGCUGCUGCCGUCGCUUCGUGUGCGAUGCUACUCUCCCGUGUCUCUUGCCGGGGCGUUGGUGGCAGCGCCGGAGAUGGCAAUGCUACACCCCAGCAGCUUCAACUAAGCCCUUCUCGAAUGAGGCUAAUGGGGCCUUAA